AUGUAUCAUCAGAUAAUGAUUGAUCCUAGAGACCAACAGGCCCAACGCUUCUUGUGGAGAUCCGAUCCUGAAAAAUUACCAGAAAUAUAUGUUAUGAAUGUAGCAACAUUUGGCGCCACUUGUUCGCCAGCAGCAGCACAAUUUGUCAAGAAUAAAAAUGCGAAGGAAUUUGAAAGAAGUUAUCCAAGGGCAGUAGAAGGCAUUGUACAAAGACACUACGUUGACGACUACGUCGACAGUUUUGAGACACUCGAAGAGGCCUCCGCAGUGUCUUCACAAGUUCGAAUGAUCCACGCAGCUGGCGGUUUCAACAUUAGAGGUUGGCGAUCGAACUACAAAGAGGUGCUAGAAAGCCUAGGCGAAAAUGCCGCACAACAUCCUAAAACUUUGGAUCUAGAAUCCCGAAAUUAUGAACGUGUACUAUGCAUGCACUGGUUGCCCGAAGAAGACCUUUUGGCGUAUUCUACUUCACUCCCCCUAGAACUCCGUGAUGUUAUAACAAAAGAUGACCACCCAACGAAACGCCAAGUUUUACGUUGCUUGAUGAGUUUUUUUGAUCCCCUUGGUAUUUUAGCCGCAUUUGUUCUUCACGGGAAGGUUCUACUUCAGGAUAUCUGGCGCGCAGGUACUGAGUGGGACGAGCAAAUAAACAAGAAUGCCUUUGAGAAAUGGUUGCGGUGGACGGAACAAUUCGAACAUAUAUCUAGACUUAGAAUUCCCCGCUGUUACUUCGAUGGGGUAAAUAAUAGUCGCUACAAACAAACGGAGCUGCACAUAUUUGUUGACGCCAGCGAGGAAGCGUACGCUGCUGUCGGUUACUUCCGCAUCCCCAGCAACUCAGGAGGUUUCGAAUGCAGCCUAGUGGCAGCAAAAACAAAGGUUGCGCCGCUGAAACAUUGGUCUAUUCCACGUCUGGAACUUCAGGCCGCCGUCUUAGGGACACGCUUAAAGAAGUGUAUCACGGAAGGACAUGCAAUAUCUGCCCAACGGGUUGUAUUUUGGUCCGAUUCUAGCACGGUGCUAGCAUGGAUUCGAUCCGAUCAUCGCCGAUUCACCCAGUUCGUUGCAUGUCGUGUAGGAGAAAUAUUAUCGACAACAAACAUUUCAGAAUGGCGCUGGGUUCCGUCCAAGUUUAACGUUGCCGACUGCGCUACCAAAUGGGGGCAAGGACCUCCAGUAUGUUCAUCUGAUAGUUGGUUUAGAGGGCCAGCAUUCCUAUGGGAAUCAGAACAAACUUGGCCCCAACCGAAGGCCGUGAAGACAACGACAGAAGAAUUAAGAGUUUCCUGUGUACAUUCUGGAACGAUUGUAUCAGUAGAACCGUUAGUUGAGUUUACCAAAUUUUCUAAGUGGGAGCGCUUAGUACGAACGAUGGCGUAUAUAUAUCGGUGGCAGAACCUUGCCAUGAAGGGUAAUGUAAGCGGUUUUCUUAAACAAGAUGAGUUGUUAGCCGGUGAAAGAGCUGUAUUUCGCCUUUACCAGUUGCAAGCCUUCUCGGAUGAAAUUAACGUUCUUAAACGGAAUCAAAUACUUUCGAAAGAACAACGAGUUCCUUUAGCUAAAACCAGCGUAAUUUUCAAGCUCAGCCCUUACUUGGACGAAAACGACGUGCUGCGAUUUGAUAGUAGAGUAGGAGCAGCGAAGAAUGUGGCAUCUAAUUUAAAAUUUCCGGUAAUCUUACCAAGAAAUCAUUACGUGACCGAGCUCAUCGUAAAUUAUUAUCAUCGCAAGUACCUUCACUGUAACUCAGAGACCGUAGUCAACGAAUUGCGACAAUAUUUCUACAUAUCACAGCUUCGACCCGUCGUUAAAGGAAUUACCCGUAAGUGUCAAUAUUGCAAGGUGUAUCGAUCAGAGCCUCAAAUACCUCGAAUGGUUCCGCUACCUGAAGCAAGACUGGCUUCCUAUACUCGCCCUUUCAGCUACGUGGGUUUGGAUCUGUUUGGCCCCUUGUUCGUCAAAAUUGGGAGGAGUUCGGUGAAAAGAUGGGUGGCCCUUUUCACCUGCAUGACGAUACGGGCCGUACAUGUUGAGAUCGUCCACACUCUAAGUACUCAAUCAUGUAUAAUGAGUAUUCGUAGGUUCAUCGGCAGACGCGGAGCUCCAAUAGAAAUCCAUUCGGACAAUGGCACUAACUUUAGAGGAGCUUACAACAUUCUUCAGAAACAAAUGCAGCGGUUUAUUUAG